CUCCCCCCAUCUUCCCAGCUCUGCUUUGUCUGCCUCCGGAGAUGGCUCUCCACCAGCGGUCAGCUGCGGUCAGCGUCUCUCCUGUGCGUCUCCUAACCCCCUGGACCUCCCUUUAACCCCAACAGAGACCACUACCCUAAGAGUAAGCCUCUGGCCCCACCCCCACCCCCGAAACUGACAUCCACUAGAGGGGUGAUGGCGGGUCAUGAAAAAGCCACAGGAUUCAAAAUGAAAAGACCCAGAUUUCAGCCCCAGCCUAGCCUUUUAUAGCUGUGUGGCCCUGGACACAACAGGCCUUGAGCUUCAGGGUCCUCCUCUGUAAAAUGUAGAUAAUAAUACCCUACCGAACUGUCCCUCAGAAAUGCCUCUGAGACUUUGCAUGGACUUUCCCUUAUAUGUAAUACCCCUCCGUCCUUCUCAGCUCGGGCGAACUCCUACCCGUGCCUCAGGACCCGGCUGAAAUGAUCCCUUCCGUGUAACAGUUUCCCUGACCUCUGUGUCCCUGACACAGAUACGAGGACUUGCCAUUUUGUGUUAAAGUUAUUGAAGAGUUUCCUUCGUUUUUAUUUGACUACGAAUUUUUGGACGCAGGAGGAAUCGGAUGAGGCUUACUUCCGGCAUCAGAAAUGACGAGGACGCUGAGGCUCAAGGGAAGGACAGCGAUGGGAAAGAUGUCUCCCACUGCACAGGCAGCAUGUAGCAAAUCGUCCUCGAAGAGGACCCCCCCCCCCCUCCUAACUGCAAUGGCCUUGUUGUUUGCUGUGAUUAGAAAAAUACGCAAGGUGGUUGUGAAACGCGUGCCCCCCCGUGCUCAGUCAUGACUGUCACCUACUCAAGCCAAGUGGCUAAUGCCCGCUUAGGCUCCUUCUCCCGCCUGCUCCUGUGUUGGCGCGGCAGCAUCUACAAGCUGAUCUAUGGCGAGUUCCUCAUCUUCUUGCUCAGCUACUAUAUCAUCCGUUUCAUCUACAGGAUGGCCCUCACGGAGGAACAGCAGGUGAUGUUUGAGAAACUGACUCUGUAUUGCGACAGCUACAUCCAGCUCAUCCCCAUUUCCUUCGUGCUGGGCUUCUACGUGACGCUGGUCGUGACCCGCUGGUGGAACCAGUACGAGAACCUGCCAUGGCCCGAUCGCCUUAUGAACCUGGUGUCGGGCUUGGUGGAGGGCAAGGACGAGCAAGGCCGGCUGCUGCGGCGCACGCUCAUCCGCUACGCCAACCUGGGCAGCGUACUGAUCCUGCGCAGCGUCAGCGCCGCAGUCUACAAGCGCUUUCCCAGUUCCCAGCAUCUGGUGAAAGCAGGCUUUAUGACCCCCGCGGAACGCAAGCACUUAGAAAAGCUGAGCUUGCCGCACAACACGUUCUGGGUGCCCUGGGUGUGGUUUGCCAACCUGUCAAUGAAGGCGUGGAUCGGAGGUCGAAUCCGGGACCCUGUCCUGCUCCAGAGCCUGUUGAACGAGAUGAACGUCUUGCGUACUCAGUGUGGACUCCUGUUUGCCUAUGACUGGAUCAGUAUCCCACUGGUGUACACACAGGUGGUGACCGUGGCGGUUUACAGCUUCUUCCUGGCUUGCUUGAUCGGGCGGCAGUUUCUGAACCCGGCCAAGGCCUAUCCUGGCCACGAGCUGGACCUCGUUGUGCCCGUUUUCACGUUCCUACAGUUCUUUUUCUAUGCUGGCUGGCUGAAGGUGGCAGAGCAGCUCAUCAACCCGUUUGGAGAGGAUGAUGAUGACUUUGAGACCAACUGGAUUGUCGACAGGAGCCUGCAGGUGUCCCUGUUGGCUGUGGACGAGAUGCACCAGGACCUGCCCCCAAUGGAGCGGGAUAUGUACUGGAAUGAUCCAGAACCACAACCCCCCUAUACAGCUGCUUCUGCCCAGUAUCGUCGACCCUCCUUUUUAGGCUCUACCUUCAACAUCAGUCUGCAUAAGGAAGACAUGGGGUUUCAGGCAAAUCCAGAAGAGGAGGAGGACCCUCAAACUGGCAUCAUUGGCCGCUUCCUAGGGCUACAGUCCCACGACCACCAUCCCCCCAGGACAAACUCAAAGACCAAACUACUGCGACCCAAGAAAGAAGGCCUUCUCCAAGAGGGCCAGCCCAAGAAACUCGGGAGUGCCAGACAGCACCCUAGGAACCAGGAAGGCGGCAAGCCUUGGAAGAUUGAGGAGGAGGAUGAUGCUUUCCAGACUGCUGCACUGUACGGGAGGUCAGGCUACCACAGUGCCCCCCAGACGCCCCUCAGCCACACCCCUAUGGUCUUCCCACCUGGAAAGUCAGCACCCUCAGGCCUUCGCAGAGUCUCAGGCACAGACAGCGCUGUCAAAGACCAAAGCCUACAGCCUGUGACUCCUGACAGAGAGAAGAGUUUUGAACUGCUCUCAGAUGGCGUCGGGUCCUCGACGGAGAACCCACAAUUGGGUCACAUGAAGAAGAAAACCGUUGAGUUUAACCUGACCGACAUGUCGGAGACCUCGGAACAUCUCAGAGAAUCACAUUUGGACCAGUCAAACAACAUAGAGAUAAUACUCAGAAGUCACGGAGAUCCCUACUGGGCCUUGGAAGACAGGGAUGAAGCACACUCUUAGCCUGUUUCCCCGAAAGGGACACUUCACCGGCCUGGUCCUACCUGCAUGUACACCAGCGGGACACUGAUCCAGUCAUAGCCAUAUAGCUGUCCACACUGAAGCAUACGUUCGUAUGACAGCCUGAACUAAAUGGUUAGCUUAAUGGGUAACAGAAUCCGUAGUUUCAGGACUACUUAAGCCUUUAAGUGCCUUUUGUACAUAAAAAUUGUGAAAGCUAGACCCAAUCACCGGAAACAUGUAAUUCAAAACAUCAAGUUCGGCAUCCGGAGUCCUUACGUCCUGUCCGAAUUCCACACCCCCAACCUUGACAUCUUUCCCAAACUAAAGAGUUUAGUAAAUACAAA